UGGAAACUAGCCGUUGCAAGAAAGACAAAAAAAAAAAAACAUGUACGCCGUGAGUGUAACGUUCAAAAAAGUGGGUGGAAUUCCGAAGACAGAAACCCCUUUUAUAACGUUAUUCCAAAUCAAUUCAAACCCCCCUCACACUUUCUCCCGUCUACGUUUCUUUCUCUCAACGGGAAGAAGAGAUCCAACUCACCGCUCUCUUCUUCUCUAAACACAUCUCUCUCUCUCUCUCUCUCUCUCUCUCUCUCUCUCUCUCUCUCUCCCCGAAUUAUAGUCACUGGUAAAUCUGCAGAGGGGGAGAGACACACGAAAACCAUGACUACAAUCAACAGGCAAGACAGCAACACGCCCGUGACCGCUCCCCCGAUCGCUUCCUCCAAGCAACCACUCCCCACGGCGAAGACCGUCGAUACACAGUCCGUUCGCAAGAGGUUGCAAUCUGAACUGAUGGCAUUAAUGAUGAGUGGUGAUUCUGGGAUAUCUGCAUUCCCUGAGGAAGAUAACCUAUUCAACUGGAAAGGGACCAUCUCUGGUAGCAAAGACACAGUCUUUGAAGGGACAGAGUACAAGCUAUCCCUAUCUUUUCCCAAUGAUUACCCAUUCAAGUCCCCGAAGGUCAAGUUCGAGACUUCCUGCUUCCACCCCAAUGUCGAUGUUUUUGGAAACAUAUGCCUCGACAUUCUUCAGGAUAAGUGGUCAUCGGCGUACGAUGUGAGGACCAUACUGAUUUCUAUCCAGAGUCUGCUUGGAGAACCAAACACAGCCUCACCUCUAAACACUCAAGCAGCGUCGCUUUGGGGCAACCAGGAAGAAUACAGGAAGAUGGUGGAGAAGUUAUACAAGCCUGUUGCCUAGCUCUAGAGAUGUUAAAGGGGCUUGGAAGUUAGGCACUCAAUUUCCUUCUUUCUUCUGUGAGGAAAGAAAGGUUCAACAGAGAUUGUUUCACAUGUUCCAUUAAUUUUCUUGAAUUUUUCUUGUCACAGAAAAGAGAGUUUGAAACAAUUCAUGUGUUGAUUUGUUUGGGGUUUUUUUCAAAUGGAGGAAAAGGUUAGAUGUGCUGAUCACUCCUUUGUGUGUGUUUUACCUAUCGUUGUGCGUAAAUGGGACUGCUAAUUUAGUUCUUACAAGUUGUCAGAAAGCAAAAUCCUUGAAUCUGUAGUAUUGAUUGGAGUGGAUUGGAUUGGAUUUUUGCGAAUGAAACUCAAUUAGCAA